AGAUAGAUGGAGGAGAGGGAAAGAUGAUCAAGAACAGGAACAUGAACAACUUGAAGAAGAUCAAGAGGAGGCAAAGAACUCCAUUGAUGAUCGUUCUGAGGAUUCUGAUUUUCAUAAAGCAAGAAGGUCUCGGGCUCGAGGCAAGUACAAGUGUGAAACUUGUAACAAAGUGUUUAGAUCAUACCAAGCACUUGGUGGUCACAGAGCAAGUCACAAAAAGAUCAAAGCAAUUAAUAUUAAUAGUUCUUCAGCACAAGAACAAAGUCCAGAGGAGAGAGAAAAUGUAGGUAAUUCUACAAUGGUGGUGGAGAAAAUCCAUGAAUGUCCUGUUUGUUACAGAGUGUUCUCAUCUGGUCAAGCACUUGGUGGGCACAAGAGAUCACAUGUUCUUGGUUCAGGAGCAACUACUACCAUUACUGUUGCUUCAAAAUCAUUCUCUAAAUUUGGUGAAACUUUGAUAGAUCUUAAUCUUCCUGCUCCAAUUGAUGAUGAUGAUAUCAGCCAAAUCGAGCUUUCCGCAGUUUCUGAUGCUGAAUUUAUCAACCCAAUUAAACACUGA